AUGGAAGAAAAACGGCACACCAUACGAUAUGAAUUGCCAGCUGAAGAUGUUCAGCCACUCCAAAGUCCGGGGGCAACCAGCACGCAUACUUGGGGCACCGACAGCGCCGAAAAGUCACGAGGCGCCGCCGACCCAGGUUAUCAGGAAGGUCAUGUCUACGAACUCAUGGGAAGCAGCGUGAAAGUUGGCGACGAUGGGCGCGUGGAAAUCGAUUGCGAAUCAAAGCUUGCAAGAGCCGUCAGCCUCAUGUACCGUCCGCCCCCCGUGUACGGCGAGAAACAAGUGAUUGAGCACUCCGAGUCCAAUCCGGAAGAUCGGCACCCUCCGCCAGGUUACGAGGAAAGCAUUGGACAAGCCACGCAGCAUCCAAAACUCAAUGUCCUAAUCCAGGUCGUUGGUAGCAGAGGUGACGUCCAGCCUUUCAUUGCACUCGGGAACGAGAUCCGGAGACUUGGCUUCCGGGUCCGUCUCGCUACGCACGACAUGUUCGAGAAGUUUGUCCGAGAUUCUGGCUUGGAAUUCUAUCCCAUCGGCGGUGACCCUGUCGCACUGAUGGCUUACAUGGUCAAGAACCCGGGCCUCAUCCCCAGUUUCCAGAGUCUCCGAGCAGCCGAGAUCCAGCAAAAACGUGAUAUGGUGGAGGAGAUGCUCGAAGGCUUCUGGCAUGCCUGUUUCCGGCCAGACCCCGUCACCAACGCCCCUUUCGUGGCCGAUGCCAUCAUCGCCAACCCGCCUGCCUUCGCACACGUGCACUGUGCCCAGGCGCUCGGGGUCCCGUUACACAUGAUGUUUACCAUGCCGUGGACAAGCACCAGCGCAUUUCCCCAUCCGCUGGCCAAUCUCAGCAACUACACCGGCAGUCAGUCUGCCGCGAACUACGCGUCCUAUGCCAUAGUGGAGUAUUUAACAUGGCAAGGCUUGGGCGAUGUCAUUAACAGGUGGCGAAGCACGCUCGACCUGGAAAACGUAGCCAUGUUCGACGGCCCGUUGCUGGUGGAAAGGCUACGCAUUCCUUUCACAUACUGUUGGUCACCAGCCUUGGUUGCCAAACCCGCUGACUGGGGCGCGCAUAUUGAUGUCUGUGGAUUCUUUUUCCGAAACCCACCGGACUACUCGCCGCCUGAAGACCUCGCGCGCUUCUUGUCAGCCGGUCCGCCACCCGUAUACAUCGGAUUUGGCAGCAUUGUGCUUGACAACCCGCAACGCGUCAUUCAGAUCGUCCUCGACGCUGUCCGUGGAGCGCGUGUCCGGGCCAUCAUCUCGAAGGGAUGGUCUAACUUGGCGGGGCCGGCCAGCGAAGACAUAUACUGGAUCGGGGACUGUCCCCACGAAUGGCUCUUUGCCAAUGUUGCUGCCGUUGUCCAUCAUGGUGGCGCAGGCACGACGGCCUGUGGCUUGAAACACGGAGUGCCGACGGUCGUUGUUCCAUUCUUCGGAGACCAGCGCUUCUGGGGCGAAAUGGUCGCCAACGCCGGCGCCGGACCGAAGCCAAUUCCUUCAAAGCAACUAGACUCGCAGAGGCUGGCCGAGGGCAUCGCGUACUGUCUGACACCGCAAGCACGGUCCGCGGCCCAGUCCAUCGCGGAGCAGAUGAAGUCCGAGCAGGGUGUCCAAGCCGCUGCACAGUCAUGGCUCCGUCAAUUGCCUAAGCAAAGUCUGCGAUGCGACCUCCUUCCCGGCCAGACUGCGGCGUGGGUCUACAAAGAAGGAAAGAAAUCCAUCAAGCUAUCCAAGAUUGCCGCAGAAGAGCUCCUGUCUCGUAAAAUGAUCGACGCCAAGCGACUGGAAAAUUAUCAAAGUAAGCCGAUGGCCAUCGAAGUGACGCGAUGGGACCCAAUAACCGGUGGCGCCUCUGCCGUCAUGGCUACCGCAGUCGACAUGGCUGAUUCAAUCACCGGCAUGGUGACCCACCCGGUGGAUGAGUACCGACACGAACAACGAAGGCGCGAGCGAGAGCGAAAGAGAGAACUAACCAGGCAGGGCACGCAUCAAAAUAGUCCCGAGGUAGAUGGACGCUCCAGCCCAACAGAAUCACAUGCGUCAGGGGCCUCAUCGACGGAUGAUUUCGGGAAGCGAAAUCCACGCUCCAUGGCCGGCACAGUUGCGGGGGCGUCUGCCAAGAGCAUCGGCAUGCUGGCGCCAACAGCGGCGAAAGGGAUGCUAGUCGAUUUCCCCCUUGCCAUUACAGAAGGCAUGAAGACCGUCCCCCAGCACUUUGGGACCAAGGUCCGUCACCACGGUCCAGUCACGGACGCGAAGAGCGGCGCAGCCGUUGCUGGCAAGACAUUUGUGUGGGGUUUUGUGGAUGGCCUGAGCGACCUGGUGAUGGAGCCCAUCCGAGGUGCGAGCCACGACGGCGCGUUAGGGGCCGUCAAAGGCAUGGGGAAAGGAGCCGUCAGUCUCGUGGCCAAAAGCGGGGCCGGCAUGUUUGGGCUGUUCGCCUAUCCCAGCGCCGGUAUCGCGAAGAGCCUCAGGACGGCCGUAUACAGCCGCACGAGGAAGGUGCUUGCCAAGGCCAAGCAUGCUGAGGGACAAUGGCUGAUGAGCAAUGGUUUGCCCCAGGGGUUUACUGGGGAGGACUUGGUUAAUAAGUUCCGGGAGCUUCGAGAGGGUAGAUCUAAGUGA